GAAAUGAAAACCAUUGCAAUUGCUUUGAAAGUUGUUAUAAAUAAAGGGUUGUUAAAAAAAACAAAAACAAAGACCAGAGCCGGUAGUGGCGUCACCAAUAGCUUCCUGUGUUAGCACCGGCAACAUGGCAGCGGACAUGCAGGUUUCAGACACGCUGAAGAAAUUUGCAUUAAAAGUGACAACAGCCAGUGUGAAAGAACGUAAGGAGGUAUUUGGAGAACUGAAACAGUGUUUAAAGGGUAAAGACUUACCGGAUUCUGCCAUAAAAGGCCUUUGCAAGCUCUUCUGUCUCACUCCUCACAGAUAUCGGGAUGCCGCUUCGCGCCGAGAGCUCCUGUCUGCCAUCGCUCAACUGGCUGAGCGUCAGCCCGACAUUCUGGUGAUGAGCCUUCUCCACUGCCUUCAAAACAGCGGACUUGUCAAUAAAAACGGAGAGCCGGGGAAAAGCACGGGCUCUGCUGCCUUCAUUGGCCUGUCUUGGACCUGUCUUCUCGUCCCCACUGUCUUUUCUACUCCAGAGAAAAGAGAUGGACCCACCUGGAAGAAAAUGGUGCAAGUUCAGAGCCUGCUUGUGGCUGAGGUGGUGGGUGGAGCCAAAUCCACUGCUCAGAAGUCCAGCCUGAAGAAUCUCACUCGUCUUUGUGAGGAACAUCCUGGUCUAGUUGAUCAAUACAUCAGCACCUUGUUGAGUCUGGACCCAAGUUCUACAACUCUGGCCAUGCUGGGUGUGUGUUUAGACUUCUGCACAGCUCAGAAAGACAAGGCCACAAUUGACAAACAUAAGAGUGCCAUGUUGGAUCUGUAUAUAAAAACAGUCCUAAUAAGCAAGACGAAGACACAGCAGCACAUUUUGGACAAAAGUGGCUCCCUGUUACGCCAUGUCUCCCACUCAGAGUUCAAGGAGUUGCUUCUCCCCAGUGUGCAGAAGACAAUGCUGCGCAGCCCAGAGAACGCUAUGCAGGCAAUUUCCUGCCUGCUGUCUGCACUGACACUUGAUCUCAGUCAGUAUUCCAUGGAUAUUGGAAAGGCCAUAGCAAGCCAACUGAAAGCAAACAAUGCCCAGCUAAUGGAGGAAGCGAUCCAGGCCAUGAAGAACUUGGCCCAGCAGUGCAGUGACGCCAGUGCUGUACAGGACAUUGUAACGUACCUUUUCAAGAUUCUUGGAGGAUCUGAAGGAAAACUCACAGUUGUCACCCAAAAGAUGAGUGUUUUGUCUGGGAUUGGCAGCUGCAGCCAUCAUGCUGUGUCAGGGGCCUCAAACCAAACACUAAGCUCUGCUGUUACAGUGAUGUUCAUCCCUUAUCUGCAGCAAGAAGUUCACGAGGCCACCUUGGUGCAUGCCGUGUCGGUGCUUUCCCAGUGGAGCAGUCGCCUCACGGUGGAGAUUCCGACUGCUCUGCUGGAUUGGUUAAAGAAGGCAUUCACCCUCAAAACCUCCACCUCUCUCGUUCGCCAUGCCUACAUCCAGUCCAUGCUGGGCACAUUCAAAGGUGACACUCUGGCACAGGCCUCAGAUCUCAUACCACUGCUGUUCCAAACAAUAGAGAAAGCCGCAGCACAAAACUCCCAGCAUGCUCUGCUUGCUGAAGGCGUGGCAGCUUCAGUUCUUUUGAGUCGACUGGCGCUGCUUGAAACAAUGACCGAGGCAAAAUUCUCCAACUUUUGGAACUUGAUAUUGGAUGAAAAGAAGCCACUUUUCACUACAGAGAAGUUCCUCUCCCAGGCCAGCGAUGAAACUCAGCUGACUGUGCUGCUGCUCUGCGAAAGACUUUUCUUGGACCAUGCCUGCAGGCUGAACAAAUCUCAGAUGUACCACAGUGCAACAGUGGCUGUCCUGUUGUCUCAGAGCUGGCUUGUGAGGAAGCGGGCUAAACAGACAGUGAAGAAGCUGCUCUCUUCUCUGGGCGGCUCCAGCCUCGCACAUGGCCUUCUGGGAGAACUCCGAGCUGUCAUUAACAAACACAAAGUUUUGCCCCAGGAUGUCUUGAUCUCAGAGUCUGGAGAGCAAACUGAGCUUGGUCGCAGCUACACUCGCCCACGUGUCCUCUUGGACGCGCUCCAUGUCAUUUGCUCCUCUGCCAGCCAAUGGGCUGAUCCUAUGGAGUCAGAGAACUUGGCUAUGGAGAUCCUUAUAGUUGCUCAUCAUCCAUCCUUAGUGGAAGCUCGCCGUGGACUGUGGUCAACUCUGCUCUCCUCCAUGAACAUAAAAGCAGAAGAAUUUUUAGAAAAGAAUCUGGAGGCGAUUCUGCCACAUCUGUUGGAGGUCAACACUGACAAGCAGGUGGUGAAAAACGCUGUUGGGGCCCUCUGUGGUCUCUCUCCUGACAAGCUGUUGCCUCGUGUAAUCAGUCACGUCACAAAGGGGCUUUCCCAACCUGCACUAAUUCACGUCACCAAGGAGGAAUAUGCCAUCAUGCUGACACCAGAGGGAGAACUCUAUGACAACACCAUCAUUGAGAGUGCCCAGAAAGAAAACACCAAGAAGGCUAAUAUAAAGAGAGAGAACAAGGCCUACUCCUACAAGGAUCAGAUCAUUGAACUUGAAUUACAGGAGGAGAUGAAGAAGAAGAAAGGCAUCAAAGAUGAAGUACAGCUCACCAGCAAACAAAAGGAAAUGAUUCAAGCGCAACGUGAGAAAGAGGCAUCUAUUCGCACCAGACUUCAAGCGCUGGAUGUAGAACUGCAAAGUGUGGUGGGCCUCCUCGAAGCUGCUCUUAAAGAGAGACCGCCUCAGAUCACCAGGGAGCUGCCUUCAGUCCUCCAGGUUCUGUUGCCUCUGUUGCACUCACCUCUGGCUGCUCCACGCAUCCAGCAGGUCUUCCUGGACAUUGGCGUGUGCCUUCUACCACAUCACCUCCAUCAUCUAGGUGUGCUUGUUGGACAUGUGACUUUACGACUGCUGAAGCCACACUGUGAUCUGGAUGUGGCCUGGGAGCAGGAGGACCUGAACAAAGCAGUGACCCGCACCAUCCUGCUGCUGCAUAACCACACUGUCCCUCAGAGAGAGGGUAAGACUAGUGAUGUGACCCCACUGUCUGCCCCUGCCUUUUGCUUCUGCUUCCCUCUCCUCAACGCCACACUCAGGGAGUCCUCAGGCAGCACCGAGGAGACUGAGACCUUGAUGACGAGAUCUUUGCAAGUCAUCAAUGAGCAUUGCCAACUUCGGGCUAACACAGAUGAAGAGGCCGCUAUUGAUGAGAAUGGCCCUGAAUUGCUUCCACGUGUUGAGAUGUUGCUGCUGUUGACCCGAGUUAUAUCCACUGCUGCACCAAGAGUCCAGGUGUUGGCGUCUCAGUGCUUAACGGCACUGUGUACCAGUGCUGGAGGAGGAGAGGGCUGUACUGUGGCAGAGCAGUCAGAGAUAGACGUCCUGCUAAAUUCCCUCCUCUCACCUUGCUUCUCUGUCCGUGAUGCUUCUCUCAGGGGCUUGUUGGAGAUGGAGUUUGCUUUGCCGACAGACAGUACAGAGCAGAGUGGACUGAAUUUGCUACGCAGGCUUUGGAUUGCUAGGUUUGAUGUGGAGGAGGAGGGACGCACUUUUGCUGAAAAACUCUGGGAGUCUCUUGAUCUGGAGCUGGUCCCAGAGCUCUGCUCUCUUCUGAUUGGCGACAUCACUCACCACGAGGAGGCUGUUCGUUCAGCUGCCGCUGAAGCACUGUCGAGUGCUGUUUCUCAGUAUACAGACCAAUCUGCCCCAGUCCUUGGACAGCUAACUGAGCUCUACCACCAAAAGCUUUAUAGGCCACCACCUGUGCUGGAUACCUUGGGUAGAGUCAUCUCUGAAUCCCCACCUGAUCAGUGGGAAGCAAGGUGUGGCAUUGCUCUCACUCUGAACAAGUUGUCACAGUACCUGGACAAAUCUCAGGUGACACCUCUCUUCCUCUUCUUCGUUCCCGAUGCUCUGAAUGACCGCCAUGCUGAGGUGCGCCGCUGCAUGUUGGACGCAGCGCUCUCAGCUCUCAACACACAUGGAAAGGACAAUGUUAGCUCCCUCCUGCCAGUGUUUGAGGAGUUUCUGAAGAACGCUCCCCAGGAUGCCAGCUACGACUCUGUUCGUCAGAGCGUUGUCAUUCUCAUGGGCUCCUUGGCCAAACAUCUGGACAAAAGUGAUCCCAAAGUCAAACCCAUUGUGGCCAAGCUUAUCACAGCCCUGUCUACACCAUCUCAGCAAGUCCAGGAGUCCGUGGCUGGCUGUUUACCUCCUUUAGUGCCUGCCAUCAAAGAGGAUGCUGCAGGAAUUGUAAGAAACCUGCUGCAGCUGCUACUGGAGAGUGACAAGUAUGCUGAGAGAAAGGGGGCAGCCUAUGGGCUGGCGGGCCUGGUCAAAGGGCUUGGGAUUCUGGCUCUCAAACAGCAGGAGAUCAUGGCAACGCUGACUGAUGCCAUCCAGGACAAGAAAAACUUCAGACGAAGGGAAGGAGCGCUUUUUGCUUUUGAGAUGCUGUGCAACAUGUUGGGAAAGUUGUUUGAGCCUUACGUUGUUCAUGUGCUGCCACAUCUCCUCCUUUGCUUUGGAGACGGGAAUCAGUAUGUCAGAGAGGCUGCUGAUGACUGUGCCAAGGCAGUGAUGAGGAACCUGAGUGCACACGGCGUGAAACUUGUCCUCCCUUCAUUGCUGGUGGCUCUGGAAGAGGAAUCAUGGCGUACUAAAGCAGGUUCUGUGGAGUUGCUGGGUGCCAUGGCCUUCUGUGCUCCCAAACAGUUAUCUUCCUGCCUGCCAAGCAUUGUUCCCAAGCUGACAGAAGUGUUGACCGACUCCCACGUGAAGGUGCAGAAGGCUGGUCAGCAGGCUCUAAGACAAAUUGGCUCUGUUAUUCGUAACCCAGAAAUUCUUGCUAUAACGCCCAUCCUGCUGGACGCGCUAACUGAUCCAUCUAGAAGGACCCAGACGUGUCUUCAAACCCUCCUGGACACUAAGUUUGUACACUUCAUCGAUGCUCCUUCCCUUGCCCUGAUUAUGCCCAUUGUUCAAAGAGCCUUCCAGGAUCGGUCUACCGACACUCGUAAGAUGGCUGCUCAGAUCAUUGGCAACAUGUACUCCCUUACUGACCAGAAGGAUCUGUCACCAUACCUGCCUAGUGUCAUUCCUGGACUGAAGACUUCCCUAUUGGAUCCAGUGCCUGAGGUACGUACAGUAUCAGCCAAAGCCCUGGGUGCCAUGGUGAAGGGAAUGGGUGAAUCCUGCUUUGAUGACUUACUGCCGUGGCUCAUGGAGACGCUGGCCUCUGAGCAGAGCUCUGUAGAUCGCUCUGGAGCAGCCCAAGGACUGGCUGAGGUGAUGGCUGGGCUUGGAGUGGAGAAGCUGGAUAAAUUGAUGCCAGAUGUGGUGCAAACUGCUAGUAAGGUGGAUAUCGCCUCCCAUGUCAGAGAUGGCUACAUCAUGAUGUUCAUCUACUUGCCCCUGACGUUUGGAGACAGGUUUACUCCCUACGUAGGGCCCAUCAUCCCCUGUAUCCUCAAGGCUUUGGCUGAUGAAAAUGAGUAUGUGAGAGACACUGCUCUGCGAGCUGGCCAGCGCAUCAUUAGCAUGUAUGCAGAAACCGCCAUAGCACUCCUACUUCCUGAACUCGAGCAGGGGCUGUUUGAUGACCUCUGGAGAAUCAGGUUCAGCUCAGUCCAGCUGCUUGGAGAUCUACUGUUCCAUAUCUCUGGAGUGACAGGGAAAAUGACCACAGAGACUGCAUCUGAGGAUGACAACUUUGGGACUGCUCAAUCAAAUAAAGCUAUCAUUUCAGCUCUUGGUGGUGAGCGGCGUAACCGUGUCCUGUCUGGACUCUAUAUGGGCCGCUCAGACACCCAACUGGUGGUCCGGCAGGCAUCUCUUCACGUGUGGAAGAUUGUGGUGUCCAACACACCCCGAACUCUUCGAGAAAUCCUCCCCACCCUCUUCACCCUCCUCCUGGGCUUUUUGGCUUCCACCUGCCCUGACAAGAGAACGAUCGCUGCCCGGACACUGGGUGACCUGGUGAGAAAACUGGGGGAGAAGAUUCUCCCAGAGAUCAUUCCCAUCCUUGAAGAGGGUCUACGCUCUGACAAGAGUGAUGAGAGGCAGGGCGUCUGCAUCGGCCUCAGUGAGAUCAUGAAGUCCACCAGCAAAGAUGCAGUGCUGGUUUUCUCUGAGUCUCUGGUGCCCACAGUGCGGAAAGCUUUGUGUGACCCACUGGAGGAAGUACGACAGGAUGCAGCCAAAACAUUUGAGCAGCUCCAUGUUACCAUUGGUCACCAGGCGCUGGAUGACAUUCUGCCAACUCUGCUCAAGCAGCUGGAUGAUGAGGAGACAGCAGAGUUUGCUUUGGAUGGCCUGAAGCAAGUCAUGGCAGUGAAAAGUCGAUCUGUGCUGCCGUAUUUGGUGCCAAAGCUAACAGCUCCUCCUGUGAACACGCGUGUGUUGGCCUUCUUGUCAGCUGUUGCCGGCGAUGCUCUGACUCGCCACCUCGGUGUUAUUUUACCUGCCAUUCUUUCCUCACUUAAAGGAAAACUGGGAACAGAGGAUGAAGCUCAGGAAUUAUGCAACUGUCAAACGGUGAUCCUGUCUGUGGAUGAUGAUGUGGGCCAGCGCAUAAUCAUCGAUGAUUUAUUGGAGGCCACACGAAACACCGACUCUGGGCUCAGACAGGCCGCCGCCACCAUCCUCAACGGCUACUUUGCCCGCACACGUCUGGACUACAGUGCCCACACCCGCAACCUGCUGUCAGGCCUCAUCCGGCUCCUCAAUGACCCCAACACAGAAAUCCUGUCUCAGAGUUGGGACACAAUCAACUCCAUCACGAAGCGACUGGAUGCAAGCAGCCAGCUGGCUCUUAUUGAUGACCUUCAUCGAGACAUUCGAUCAGCUGCUGCUGAUGUAAAAGGUCAACAUCUACCUGGUUUCUGCCUGCCCAAAAAGGGUGUUACUUGCAUCCUGCCUGUCCUGAGAGAAGGGGUCUUAACUGGUAGUCCUGAGCAGAAAGAAGAAGCAGCCAAAGCAUUGGGAGGGGUCAUCCGACUGACAUCCCCUGAGGCCCUGAGGCCCUCUGUGGUCAACAUCACUGGACCGCUCAUUCGUAUUUUGGGUGACCGCUUUGCUUGGACGGUGAAGACGGCGCUGUUGGAGACUCUUACCCUGCUGCUGGCAAAGGUCGGCAUCGCCCUGAAGCCCUUCCUGCCACAGCUGCAGACCACCUUCCUGAAGGCUCUACAGGACUCGAGUCGUGGUGUGAGGUUGAGGGCUGCUGAAGCUCUGGGCCAGCUGGUUUCUAUCCACACAAAGGUGGACCCCCUCUUCACAGAGCAGCUCUCUGCCAUUCGCAAUGCAGAGGACUCUGGAGUGAGGGAGACAAUGCUACAAGCUUUACGCUUCGUCAUUCAAGGGGCUGGAUCAAAGGUGGACCCAAACAUCCGCAAGAACAUCACUACCACAUUACUCGGCAUGCUGGGACAUGAUGAGGAUGCAACUCGAAUGGCUUCAGCAGGCUGUGUUGGUGAACUCUGCCCUUUUCUGUCAGAUGAGGAGCUGAAGAGCGUCUUACUUCAGCAUAUCUUGGCGGAUAUGUCAGGUGUGGACUGGAUGGUGCGUCAUGGUCGUAGCUUGGCUCUGGCCAUUGCUGUCAAGUGUGCACCAAUGAAGCUGUGCGGGAAGGAAUACAGUGAUGGUGUGACAGAGACCAUCCUGACCAACGCCACCGCUGACAGAAUCCCCAUAGCUUGCAGCGGGAUUAGAGGGAUGGGAUUCCUGAUGAGACAUCAGCUCAGCAUAGAUGGAGGCAGUAAUAUUUCCCAGCGCAUCAUCACGCAGUUUGUCAAGUGUCUUCAGAACCAGUCCAGUGACAUCAGGCUGGUGUCAGAGCGGGUGCUGUGGUGGGUCUUUAAAGAUCCUGCCACGCCUGCUUUGGAGGCGGGUCACAUCAAGCCUUUGUUGAAGACUCUGUUGGACAACACCAAGGACAAGAACACCAGCGUGAGAGCCCAAAGCGAACACACCAUCGUCAACCUGCUACGACUCCGCCAGGGAGAGGAAUGCUUUCAGAUGAUUACUGCCAUUCUGGAUUCGGCAAGCAACGACCUUCUGUCAGAGUGUCACCGCCGUUCUUUGAAGAAGAUCGCCUGCCAGACAGACUCCAACGAAGAGAUAGAUGACACCAUACUCACGUGAUUGAAGCGGACUGAGCAGAAUGUAAACUGACGUGAGCUUCAAACACACUCAUCUGCUCAUGUUGCUCUUCAGAGAUGAGACUGUUUUCCCACACAGGAACUCAGGGUACUUGCCAGCACAUCCUCACAUUAGCAGGAACAGACCUGUAAUUUGCCCUCCCAGCAGACACACAAUUCAAUUAGAGGAUUAUGCAAUCGUGUUUUUUUGCUUUUCAAUAUGGUAGGCUCUGAAUUUCAUUGUUUUCAGCUAUCUGAACAAUGAUGUGAUUGUGGCCACGGCUGGCCUUAACUGCUGAGAAGUCUUUUUCAGCCCCAAAAUGACCCAACACAGACUCUUAAGGAGGUGUUUGUGAGGUCAGAACACACACAACACAAUGUGCUGGUUGUCUUUAAACGUGCCUCAAGUUCCUGUGCUGUAAAACAACCUCUGCUUAGUCUUUCAACCACAAAUAUCCCCCCCCAACAAUCUUUGCAUUUUUUCCCAUUCUUUUAAUGGCCUUUAAACCCAAUUUAUUACUUCAUUAUUUUACCAAAUGUGUGCAGGUUAUUUGUUGUGAAUUUUCAAAUUGUUUUCAAUUUUUUUUUUUUCAAUUUUAGUGAAAGGAUUCCCACUAUAAUAAUUUGUUGGCCCAAUCUUUUAACUUUGUUAAAAUUUCUGUGGCACAUUUGGGGUGGGGGCUGUCUAACAAGAACAGUGAUGAUUCUUCUAUCAUUGUUGUGGUUGUAAAAAGCAAAUAUGAAAUAAAAAUACCUGAUUUCAGUA